ACCAGCAGUUAGUCUCUCACAUUCAGGGGACAACGUCCUAUAUUUAUCGAGGCCAGCGCACUUAUUUUCAAGUUGAUUUCAUUCCGCCAUUCACUUCUGCCAUGCAAUUAAAUCGUAAACUUAAUUCGACGGUAGUAUUCAUGAAAAUUGGAUCGAAGUUUUAUCUGAAUCUUAGACGGUUAACUUUGGGAAAAUCCGAAUAUUGCGGCCAUCCACAACAUCGUAACAAUAUUUCUGAAGUACUGGCGCAGUAACGAGUUCAUACUUCCGAGGGCACCCAUCCCAUUAAACAUUUCGUGUAAUUUAGAAGGAUUAUGUGAUAAAGUUUUCAAGCGUUCAAGUGAAGCUCGAACUGGCAAGUACGAGUAUAAAUCAAAGUUAUUUGACAAGCGAGAUUCUCCAAUAAAAUGGACAUUUUCCUUUCUGCCAGCUUUUCGGAACGCGAACAAUGUUAUCAUGAAACUUUCUCAGUACGAUCUUGUGUUUGUAUUGCGAACCAAUGUAAUUAAUUUGAAAAAAGCUUGCGUGUAUUCCACUAUUGUAAGAUAUACAUUGCACGCGGGACGAUUCAAAGAUACUGUUUUAUUUCCAAGUAAAUACGAAUAGGAGCGGCAAGAAAUACACAAUAAAGUAUAAUCAAUGAGUCAGAGAUGUCGUCGCUAUCGCGCGACCUCUAACUCAUUUGAUAAAACGGUGUAGUAAAUCAAAGACCACAAAAUCUACAAACAGAUAGUUUUGCAACCUUUGAAUGUUUACAUCCAGCAAUAUUGGCUCGUCCGACCGGCUACGUACUACAACUGUAAUAGAAAGAAAAUCGGUAUCUUGAUUGAAUUGUGGUCAGUAAUAGCCGGCCAUUUGUCUUCAUUUUUGACCUCUGCCCAAUGUAAUGGGAGUUCACCUCUAAUAUAGUGCUGUUGUGUGGUUGUUCUGUAGUGUGCAGUUUAGAUACCUACACAUGUUCUGUGCGAUGGUAGAGAAUGAUAGUGAUUGUGAUCGCACGGAUGCCGUAUUAAUACUUGUCGAUAUCCGUGACUUGUACGGCGACCGGUGUGUGGAAUUAUCAACGUAGUAGUGCAAAUAAAAUGUGCGACAAGUGCAAACGGGAAAAGACCUCUGUGUAUGUAGCUAGUGUAUCGCGAGGGACGUGUGAGGGUAACAGUUAAGAGCAUGUGCGCGUGAAUUUGACCACGACGUCGGACUAUUCGGAGUGGGAAGCGCUGGCGACCGCGGCCAGCGAUGGUAUGGACGUUGUAUUCGGGAAUGAGACGGACUGGGGGUGGAACGCGACCGACGAGGGGGAGAGUACGAACCUCUACAACUACUGGGCAUGGAGCAUCGUGGACGGCUCGCUGAUGCUGCUCAUCGUGAGUGGGAACACACUGACGAUCCUGGCGGUGACGCUGAGUCGGCGGCUGUCGUCCCUCGUGUCCAACCAGUUCGUGCUCAACCUAGCCAUAUCCGACCUGAUGGUGGGCCUCACGUUGCCUUACCAUUUGAUCUUCUACUUAAACGAUGACUUUGGCACUAUCAAAUGGUCGUGUCUGAUGCGCUUUAUUCUCAUAAUCUUAGCGUGUCUCGCGUCCAUUUAUAACAUUAUAGCGAUAGCUGUUGACAGGUACAUAGCGAUAGUGCACCCGCUCCACUACAGCCGGUACAUGACCAAGCUGGUGACGCGGCUGCUGAUGAGCGCCACCUGGUCGGUCGCCGUCUGCAUCAGCUGCAUACCCGUCUUCUGGAACGACUGGCACGAAGGAGUUGCUUGCGAGAUGAAUAUGGUGGUGCCCAAGAAAUACACGACGAGUAUACUGGCGCCGAUGUUCUCCUUGAUCUGGUUGGUGAUGUUCAUCCUGUACUGGCGGAUAUGGCGCGAGGCCACCUGCCAUGCACGCCGCAUGAGGGCCAACACCUGCUGCCCAACGGGGGCUAACGAUUGGAAGAGCAUACAGGUGGUGCUCCUGGUCCUCGGCUCGUUCUCAAUAUGUUGGAUGCCGUUCGUGGUGGUGGCGUGUGCCCAGACGUUCCCUAUCAUGCCGCUGCACAAUCACAUAGCGUACCGCGUCACCUCGUCGCUGGCUAUGUCAAAUUCCGGCAUAAAUCCACUCAUCUACGCGUGGAAAAACGCAGGUUUUCGUGCCGCUUUUGCAAAGUUACUACGAUGCAAGAGACCGGACACGUCUGAAUACAGAGGCUCCCCGGCCCCAGAGAGGAAGCGAGGCUCGGUGGCGCUGAGAGAGGGGUCUAUCACCCGGUCGAGCGCGCCGAGUGCGCUGUCCAGCCUGGGCGGGCGGCCGGCGCGGCUGCUGUACAUGGAGCACGAGGCGGACACGGCGCGCUGCCGUAUCAUCGAGAACGCGGGCUACGUGGAGGCGGAGCGCGGCGACACCAACCCCUCGUACGCGCCCGACGGGCCCACGCCGGUGCACCGGCCCGCCACGCGCGCGGACUUAGUGUAGUGUACAAACGAUCAUUAGACGUUUUGUGGGAAACGUGAAACGCUUCUAGUAUUUAACGUUGUUAGUGACUGUAGGUACCCCCUUCGCAUUUAGGUACCUGUUCGGAUCUACGCUCAAGUUUUUAAAAGCUUUAUUGUUGAAUUUUUAUUGAGAGAUUAUAAUGAGUUCCCUGCCAUAACGAUGUUUUUAAAAGAGGUUCUCUAUCAAACAAAGAUGUUUAAAUUAUAUAAAACUAAAUUAAAAGAUGUUCUAUGUAUUAUUAAAGUAUGUAAAUAAAUGCAGUAUUUAUUUCUUUUAUAUCCUAGAAUACUUACAUCACUUUUGUUUAGGCAUUCAGGAAAAACUUAGAACGCCAUCUAUGGCAAAACAGUGGAAUUAAAUGUAAACCCAACUAAAACAUUGAGGAAAACGUCCACCAGAUGGCACUAAAUAAAACAAUGCCGGUUCCUAAACCGAAAUUAAAGAUUACCAAAACACUAAUCCAGAAUCAAUUUCACAGUAAUUAAAGCUAUGAAAACCAUUAAAUUAAGGAAUAUGGUAGUAAAAGUUUUGAAUAUACCUAGUAAAAAAUAAUAGCUGAUAACAUGGACAGCGCGUAGGUACUCCUGUUUAUUCCUACUUUGAUUUGUACAAUCAAAGGAGGUCAGCUACGUCGGGUGAUAAUACUUAACGAACAACUUCACAUAAUAUCAAGUACCACAUUAGGUACACAUAUUUUAUAUUUCUAUUUAAAACUGAAUUUAAAUAAUCUGCGCACCAUUAAAAUAACAAGUGUAACGAACCAGUUAGGUUGAUUGAUUUCUAACAGUUUAUGAAAGUAAAAUUCAAGUGUAAGUAUAAAACCGCCUUAUCAAUGCCUGUAUGAAUUUAUGAAACGAUUUAUUACAAAAUUAAGUUUAGUAUUGAAAGUAUCGUCAUAAUAUUC